CCGCUCUCCGCUCGGGCUUCAGCCGCGCGCAGUGCAGUGCCAGUCAUCGAUGAAUUCAGAAUAAGUAACUAAACGUUAUUUUUGACACACGGCAGCCUGCGCAGCUUGGCUGAAUAGCGAAACAAUUAACAAUUACAUUUUAAUGCUUGAGGCGCGCGCGCACACCGACGCAUUUCAUUUCUGCAGCGCACAAUAAUAAUACAAUACGUGGCGCAAGAAUUGACAGCUGUUCCUGAUAGUUGACUGAUGAUAAGAUCGUCGAGCGCAAAAAGCCAUGCGAUACCGUUAACAGCCAAUUUAUAUGGAGCUCAUUAGCGACGCGUUGAUGCAGACAUUCAUAAUCGACGAUAGUCCGAAGCACUGGCGGUACUCGACAGGACGAAACAUAAUCCCAAUACAACCUAUGUUUGUGUGCGACAAGUGAAAUUAGACAGUGCCUCUGUGCAUCGUCACGCAUACAAGAAGACAAACACUCACACCAACACGCACACGCCCACACGUCAAGUUGCGGCAAAAGUGCAAAAGAAAGGUGCGGCUAUUGUGUGUUAUUUGAUUAUUAUUGCAUUAUCAUCCAGUACAAUAGUCUACGGAGCAGCUCCCGAGCAGACGCUCCGUUUUCUCGAUAACGUGUACAUUUGCAAGACAGGUGUAAAGCGUCAGACAGUUUCCGUGGCAAUUUUUGCUGCUGCAGUAUGACGAUGUUCGCCACGUCGCGAUUGUCAUUCAAAUAAAGAUAAACUUUUGUCGAGUUUUUGAUGUGAAACAUCUUUAUUUCGCCUGCGUGGAUAAGCCUAUUCUUUAAAUCAAGAUGUCUAAUGCAACACCAGGACUAGCUGCUGUUGCGGCUGGUCCUGCAGGUGUCCAGGACAAUUCGGCAAAGCUCUUUGAAUCGCUACAGGCUGAUCUUAAAGUCUUAGCUACAGAGACAAAGAAAAAGUUUCCUCAAAUAAAAGAGGCAUGCGAAGAGAGUAUUAUCAAAUUAAGGCAAGCCUCAUCGAUUAACCAACCGGGACAAGUUUACUAUGUAGUUAAUCAAAUUUUAUAUCCCUUGGUUCAAGGUUGUGAAAGUAAAGAUGUAAAAAUAAGCAAGCUUUGUUUAAAUGUCAUGCAAAGAUUGAUCACGCAACAAGCCAUUGAUCAAAAAGGAGCUAGAUUUAUAACAGAUGCAUUAAAGACACUAAUGGAAGCUGGCAUAGAAGAAGUAAAAGUCUUACAAACUGUAACACUGUUGUUAACUAGUAAUUCACUUGUACAAGGAGAUAAUCUAGCAAGAAAUUUGGUUCUAUGCUUUCGUCUUCACUUCACAAAAGAUUCAACAACUUGCAAUACAGCUGGUGCAACUGUUAGGCAGUUAGUUUCUCUUGUAUUUGAACGAGUUGUGGCAGAAGAUGAACAGUUUUCUGAUCAACCUACUAUAGAUGAGAAUUUAGAAGAAUUGAAAAUACCUACUAGUACUCCACCAAAAGGUUUAAGACCAUGUGCAGCUGAUGCCUUUUUAAUGUUUCAGGAUUUAGUUCAACUAGUCAAUGCUGAUCAACCUUAUUGGUUAACUGGUAUUGUGGAAAUGACCAGAACUUUUGGUUUAGAAUUGCUUGAAUCAGUUUUAACAAAUUUUUCCUCAGUAUUUUUCAAGCAUCCAGAAUUUAGCUUUCUUCUGAAAGAAAGAGUUUGUGCACUUGUCAUUAAAUUAUUUUCACCAAAUAUUAAAUACCGUAAUUCUGUACCAGCUUCAGUACAACAAGCCACUCCACUUGAUAAACCAUACUUUCCAAUAAGUAUGAGACUCUUGAGAGUUGUUUCCAUUUUGAUUCAAAAGUAUCAUUUCUUAUUGGUAACAGAAUGUGAGAUAUUUUUGUCUCUAAUUGUAAAAUUUUUGGAUCCUGACAAACCACCAUGGCAACGAGCUUUAGCCCUGGAAGUUUUGCAUAAAAUGACAGUGCAAGCUAAUUUAUUGACAAGUUUUUGCAACUGCUAUGACUUGAAACCACAUGCCACAAACAUAUUUCAAGAUAUAGUUAAUAGUUUGGGAGCAUAUAUUCAUAGUCUUUUUGUAAAUCCAAAUAUGGUACCAAGUAAUACUGGACAAACUGCACCCAUAGCUCAAGGUACAGCUCCAGCUAUGCUUGCUGGCAUGCCAAUAGGACCUGGAGUAACUCCACAACCAGGUUUCUACUCUAGAGGUAUUUGGUUACCAGUUGUAGUCACAUUUCAAAAUGGACAAACAAAAUCAACAUAUUUAGAAAUGUUGGACAAGGUGGAUCCACCUCAAAUUCCAGAUGGGUAUGGUAUUAGCAUAGCGUACGCUUGCCUAUUAGAUAUUAUACGAUCUAUCGCACUGGCAAUUCAAGGACCAAGAGAUGAUGCCACCUUGCCAGAGCGUCGAUAUGAACCUUCAGAGGCUGAUCGUAAACUUCAUGCUCAAUUGAUAAACUCAAGCUGGUGUGGUUUGUUGGCUGCUUUAAGUCCGCUCAUCGAUGCGAGCACCGAUGAAACAGCCACGGAAAAUGUCCUAAAAGAAAUUCAAACAUUCGCUUCGCUGUGUGGCUUAUUAGAACUCCAGAUUCCAAGAGAUGCUUUUAUCACGGCUAUAUGCAAAGCCUCGCUUCCACCGCACUACGCUCUUACAGUUCUGUACAGUGCACCACAGGGCAUUCCCAGCGGUGCGUCAGCCGUGGCAAAGCAGGCUCCGUCGGCCGGUGAUUCGGCUCAACAGGUUGUUUCAUCCGGUGGUCAGUACAACCCAGCAAAUCUUGCUGAAUCGGAUUACAGACAGCAAGUCGUGGCCGUGGGUACACCUUUGCCUACUGCAUCUUUACCAAUUGGUGCUCAACAAGGUCCGGUGAUGUUGACAGUAAAGAAUUUACAAUGCAUGCGUGCUCUUUUAUUACUCGCACAUUGCCAUGGUAGCAUACUCGGUAGUGCCUGGCAUCUAGUGCUUACGACGUUGCAGCAUCUGGCUUGGAUACUCGGAUUGAAGCCCUCAACUGGAGGAUCGUUAAAAGCCGGCAGAACUGCAGCUGAUUCCAAUGCUAUGCUUACAACGGCUGUCAUGGCAGAUUUACCUGUACUCAGUGCGAUGCUCAGCCGUUUAUUUGAAAGUAGUCAGCAUCUCGACGAUGUUGCUCUGCACCACCUUAUUGAUGCGUUAUGUAAGCUAAGUCAAGAAGCUAUGGAGCUUGCGUACACAAACAGGGAGCCAUCUCUAUUUGCUGUAGCAAAAUUAUUGGAAACUGGUUUAGUUAAUUUACCUAGGGUUGAAGUAUUGUGGCGUCCACUGACGAAUCAUUUACUUGAAGUCUGUCAACAUCCGCACAUUCGAAUGAGAGAGUGGGGCGUAGAAGCUAUUACCUAUUUAGUUAAAGCCGCUCUGCAACACAAGUACGCUCAACCACUACGUGAAAAUCAAAAACUACAAACAUUACUUUUAGGACCAUUGUCUGAACUUUCCUCUGUACGCCAUGCAGAUGUUAGACAAAGACAAUUAGAAUGCGUCUUGCAAAUUCUUCAUGGCGCUGGUGAAACUUUAUUUCAUGGUUGGCCUUUGGUACUUGGAAUAAUUGGAGCUGUGUCCGAUCAUCAUGGAGAGGCUUUAGUGCGUAUAGCGUUUCAAUGUCUGCAGUUGGUUAUAACUGACUUUUUACCCGCUAUGCCUUGGAGAUGUCUUCCACUUUGCGUCGAUACUGCGGCAAAAUUUGGUUCCCAAACUCAAGAACUCAAUAUAUCUCUGACAGCAGUUGGACAAAUGUGGAACAUAAGUGAUUACUUUUAUCACAAUCACGAAAAAAUUUGUGCGUCUUUAAGCGGUGACUCCGCUUCCGUUUUUCCCGAUUUUCCUGGCACAACAAACAUGUCAGCUUUUGACAAACUUUGGAUGUGUUUGUUUGCCAGACUUGGUGAUUUGUGCGUCGAUGAACGACCAGCAGUGCGUAAAUCAGCAAGCCAAACACUUUUUUCGACAAUUUCGGCUCAUGGUAGUCUCUUGCAACAACCUACAUGGCAAGCUGUGCUUUGGCAAGUUCUCUUUCCGUUGCUCGAUAAAGUACGAAGUUUAUCGAGCUCAGCUAGCAAUGAGAAAGUAGACACAUCUGGUAACAUUCUCAUACAUCAUAGUAGAAAUACAGCACAGAAACAAUGGGCUGAAACACAGGUAUUAACGCUUAGCGGUGUUUCGAGAGUCUUUAAUACAAAAAGACAGUUAUUACAAUUGCUGGGUGACUUUCCAAGAGCUUGGUCGUUGUUAUUAGAAUUCGUCGAGAAUUCAGCUCUUAGUAAAAACAACGAGGUAUCUUUAGCUGCUUUGAAAUCAUUCCAAGAAAUCCUGUAUGUACCCAAGAGUAAUGCUGAUAUCAACAAUACUGAUCCUACGCAAUCCGAAGAUUCCGAAGCUUUGUGGACCAUCGCGUGGCGUAUUUGGUUGAGCAUUGGACUAGACAGUACCAAACCGCCUCAAGAAAAUGAAGUCGAACCGUACAUUCCAUCUCAGGCAUUUCUCACGGCACUCGUUCAAAUAUUUCCAACAGUAUUCCAACAUUUCAAAAACAAAUUUACAUCGGCGGAUUUACAAAAAUUGUGCCUCGUAUUGAAAUAUGCUGUCGCAGUACCAGUUCAUGGCGAAUCUACUCCCUACAUUCUACCAACUGUACCAGACGUUGUUCUGACUCAAUUACAAGACGGAGUUCUACAUUCAAUGGAAUUGAUUCAAAAAGAAGCAUUAUCAUCUCAAGAAAAUUUGAAAUUCAUGAUCAGCCCAGUAUUUUUACAAUUGCUUUACUACUCAAAAUUAGCGUGCGAGGCACCAAGCUAUGGCAAAAUUCCUACAAAGCACAUCUCUCAAGUUCGAGGCGUUUCUGCUGAUUGGGUUACAAUGAAUUAUGUGCCUUUUGGAGAAAAAGCUCUCUCGAUGGUCGUUAAUUUGUAUCAAAAAACUGCUAACGAGCCUCCUGUUAUAGAGGCUCAAAUUUUAAAGCACAUUAUUGAAGCUCUCCACGUUCCUCUUGGUAUGAAAUAUGCUUGUCCGUCGCACACAACAUGGAAAUUAGCUGUAACAAGUCUUUUAGCUAUUUUACACAUUGGGUUACCUCUUGCUCGCAAUCAUCCCGAUAGUUUCCAAAGUAUGUGGCAAGAACUCGCUGAUACACUGGAGCACUUUUUGUUCCCUUCAAAUCCGGUGAAUUUGGACCGUGGUAUCGAAGAAAUUCAAGCCGAUGAAGCAGUUGAUUGUCAAGUAAUGGAAUUAUUGAGAGAUGAAGUCUUACCGCAUUCGCAAAAUAUUCCUCAACAAUUUGUUCUAAGAGUUGUUAUGCUUUUGAACAAAGGUUCAAUACAUUCAGCAACUUCAAACAUUGAAAAAUCUGGAGAGCCAAAAUUGCGGGAAGAAUUUGCAAAAACUUGUUUUGAAACGCUUUUGCAGUUCUCGCUAUUGGAUGGUUUGAAUGGUGAUUCGGAGAACAUAAACAGUGAAGCAAUCACGUCAGCACAGCGUGACGAAGGUGGCGUUGCUGGACGUCUCGCGGUCACGGCACUUUUGCAUCGCUUUCAGGAAGUUCUCAAACGUUACGUCGAGGAUGAACGUCGAAGCGGCAAAUGCCCUCUGCCAAGGUACAGGUUGUCAGAAAUAUCGUUUGUCCUUAAAGCUGUGGCUACGCUUGUUGUGUCGCUGAAAAAAGCUCCAGCAAACAAAGUGGAACGAUCAGUCUGGGAGCAGUUGAUAGCUUUGUAUCCUUGUUUGGUUGAAUGUACCGUGACCACUUCUUCAGGAGCAGUUUCCCGCUCUCUUCGUGAGGCCCUUAUGCAAUAUCAUGAUUUGUUGCACCCACCUGGUUGCUGCACAGUAACUAAUUCCACGAAUACUAGCAGCACCAAUUCAAUUAAUAAUAAUGAUGCACCUGCAGCCAACGGUGUCUGACUACUGAGCAAGCGUGCCAGAGGUGACGCCGCUUGAGCACUCGCAGUGAAUGGCUUUUUCUAAUUAUUGUCACGCUUUUUUCUAGAGAAGUGUUUGUUAAAUAAACUGAAUUAAUGCAUUAUAAAUGCAAUUGGUAAAUUCACCGAUAUGGAUGGUGCUAGUUCAUACAAUUUCAUUAGAAGUUGCUAAAUUUCUUUUGCUAAAAAUCGAUAACUUGUUAUGUUUGUAUUGUUAAAUAUCAUAAUAUAUAGAAUUUAAAUCCUUAUAAUAGAUUGUAAUUUUAAGAAUCAAAUCGUGUUCUUAUUGUUAUAGCACCGUGCUACUUUUUAGUGAUAAAAAAUUAUUUUAAAUUAUUGGUUAUCUUACAUUUCAAAUUCUUAUUAUAACAAUCGUGCAUUUAAUUUUUUAUGAUUUAGGUUAACAAAUCCUUUGAUUCAAAACUUAUAUAAGAUAAGUUAAUUUUCAAAUUGUCAAAAACCAUCUGCGCGCAUUGUUAAAUUAUUAUAUUAUCAACGCAAUGAUUUUAAUAAGCAUUUCAUUUUAUUUCUAGUUGAAAGUCAAUGAUAAAUGAGUGUAAAUAAAAAGAAAAAUUGUCAGCAUAUAGUUCCGUACUUGUUUAAGUUUUUCAUUAUUAGGAACUAAAUGAAUAUAUUCAAAUACGAUUUUUUUAUAAUACAUUGUACAUACUCAAAAGAAAAAAACAAUUUCCUUCGACAAAUCAUUAGUUUGAGCAUUGUCGGUAGAAAAUUUUAUAAAUUUUAAAAAA